CGGAAUGGGCCGGCCCCUAGCGUGGGGGCCCGGGAAGAUCGGAGGUGCCGGCGACGAGGUGGUAGUGGUCCUGCCACCUCGCGUGUGGAGGGAAGGAGAGAAGCCAGGAAAUAAAGAGGAAAAAGGGAGCGAUGCAGAUUUCGGGAAGAACCACGGGACCGUCUUAGCCUUGGCUGGGCCACGGAGGUAAGCUCACCUGGACAAUGUCACUUGGUGGUAGAGGAGGACGGUGAGACGGUGGCUGGGAGUCAGAUUGUAGCCACUUGCCUGCCACUGCCCAGCCGAGGGGCAGCCCAGAGCCCAGGAGCAGCAAGUGGCUGCAGGUGACAGACGCAGAGAGGGUAUGAGUGUGGCGGUGAGCACCUCCGCGCCCCUCCCCACAGCCCCAGACACCCACAUGGUCACAUCCACCUUCUCCCUGGUGGACUAUGUGGUCUUUGUCCUGCUGCUGGUUCUCUCCCUUGCCAUUGGGCUCUACCAUGCCUAUCGUGGCUGGGGGCGACAUACCAUCGGCCAGCUGCUGUUGGCGGACCGCAAAAUGGGCUGCUUUCCUGUGGCGCUGUCCUUGCUGGCCACCUUCCAGUCAGCCGUGGCCAUCCUGGGCGUGCCGUCCGAGAUCUACCGAUUUGGGACCCAGUAUUGGUUCCUGGGUUGCUCCUAUUUCCUGGGGCUGCUGAUCCCAGCACACAUCUUCAUCCCAAUCUUCUACCGCCUGCAUCUCACCAGUGCCUACGAGUACCUGGAGCUCCGGUUCAAUAAAGCUGUGCGGGUUUGUGGGACCGUGACCUUCAUCUUUCAGAUGGUAAUCUACAUGGGAGUUGUCCUCUAUGCACCAUCACUGGCCCUCAAUGCAGUGACUGGCUUUGAUCUCUGGCUGUCAGUGCUGACCCUAGGCAUUGUCUGUACCGUCUACACUGCUCUGGGUGGACUGAAGGCAGUCAUCUGGACAGAUGUGUUCCAGACACUGGUUAUGUUCCUAGGGCAGCUGGUGGUUAUCAUUGUGGGGUCGGCCAAGGUGGGCGGUUUGGGGCACGUGUGGGAUGUGGCUUCCCAGCAUGGCCUUAUCUCUGGAAUCGAGCUGGAUCCGGACCCUUUUGUGCGGCACACCUUCUGGACGCUGGCCUUCGGGGGUGUCUUCAUGAUGCUCUCCUUGUAUGGAGUGAACCAGGCUCAGGUGCAGCGCUACCUCAGUUCCCGCACAGAGAAGGCUGCGGUGCUCUCCUGCUACGCCGUCUUCCCUUGCCAGCAGGUGGUCCUCUGCAUGGGUUGCCUCAUUGGCCUGGUCAUGUUCGCCUACUACCAGGAGUAUCCCAUGAGCACCCAGCAGACUCAAGCAGCCCCUGACCAGUUUGUCCUGUACUUUGUGAUGGAUCUCCUGAGAGGCCUGCCAGGCCUGCCUGGGCUCUUUGUUGCCUGCCUCUUCAGUGGCUCCCUAAGCACCAUAUCCUCUGCUUUUAAUUCACUGGCAACUGUUACAAUGGAAGACUUGAUUCGACCCUGGUUCCCUCAUUUCUCUGAAGUCCGGGCCACCAUGCUUUCCAGAAUCAUCGCCUUUGGCUAUGGGCUACUUUGUCUGGGAAUGGCCUAUAUUUCCUCCCAGAUGGGACCUGUGCUUCAGGCAGCAAUCAGCAUCUUUGGUAUGGUUGGGGGCCCGCUCCUCGGACUCUUCUGCCUUGGGAUGUUCUUUCCUUGCGCCAAUCCUCCUGGUGCCAUCGUGGGCCUGUUGGCUGGACUGAUCAUGGCCUUCUGGAUCGGCAUUGGGAGCAUAGUGACCAGCGUGGGCUCUGCCAGAGCGCCCACUCCCUCCAAUGGGUCCAGCUUUUCCCUGCCCGGCAAUCUGACUGCUGUCACCGUGGCCGCACUGGUGCCCUCGACUACUAUCUCCAAACCCACAGGGCUACAGCGGCUCUAUUCCCUGUCGUAUUUAUGGUACAGCGCUCACAACUCCACCACGGUCAUUGUGGUGGGCCUGGCUGUCAGUCUGCUCAGUGGCGGAAUGCGGGGCCGGACCCUGAACCCUCGGACCAUUUACCCAGUGUUGCCGAACCUCGUUGCCCUCCUGCCCAUGUCCUGUCAGAAGCGGCUUCACUGCAAAACCCCCAGCCAGGAUCUCUCUGUGGACACUGCUGUGUUUCCGGAGAAGGUGAGCAAUGGGAUGCUGAGGGGCAGCAGAGACAAGGAGGCCAUGGAUGUGCCUGAGGACGGCCCAGCCCACCAGGGGAUCAGCCCCACCUUCAUCCUUCAGGAGACCUCACUCUGAUCUGGACUCGGGACCCAGCCCCAGAGACCACCCUGUGGCACAGGAAUGGGUUCCUUGGUCAUCCUCAGGGGUGAUCAAGGACUGGAUGACCUCGCCCACACCAAAGGACCUUGUUCUUGGGAGUUUGUGCUGCAGUAGAAGCUGUCAUGUCACGGGAGGUGUGAGAGUAGGACGGGGUUUUUCCUUGUUCCUUGCCAGUCUGUUCUCUAGAGAACCAGGCUUGCAGAGGGUAGGAUUUUGCCAGAGAAAGGGAUAGAGGCGAAUCCUCUGGCAAAAGGAUAAUGGCUUCUGAUUCCACAUCAUCAGGCUCCUUUGAAGUGAAUAGAAAUAGCAGUGCUGGACCCACUUUGUCAAGAUUGACCAUCUCCCCGUAAAACUCAGCUGCCUUGGCCAGCUGUUGCUUCCCUCGCAGUCCCCUCGGAGCACACAUUCUGUCAGCCACAAAGGGCCCUGGUGGCACCACUUUCAGGUUGUCUGUGAUACCCAGGCCCCUCUCCUUAUCUGUCUACCUCCAUUCUUGAGAGGGAGGUUUUGGUGUCCCUGAGAGGCGUCUCAGAGCGUACAGGUACAUUCAUCUCCCUCGCGUAGAGUAGGGAAGCUUUCCCUUUCCCUCGCUGCCCCACCCUGCACCUCUGUAAUGGGUACUUGGGGACGGGGAAAAUGUUAAUUUAAGAAACUAGGGCAUGACCAGGUCCACUGUGGAGCGUGCCAUCCGUCUGACUCCUGAGCCACGCCACCCUAGUGGCGUUUGGUCAUUCAUGCUGUUUUCUUUUGGAGUUUCUUCCCCACAUAUCUAUGUUCCUAGGGAGUAAAAACUGCUCUUGGGCUAGAAUUCGGGCUCCUGUACUGUCUGCACCUGCUCUUGUCCACCUUAGUGCUAUCCCUGGCAAAGAUAAAGAGCCCCUCUUCCCAUGCACAGGUCUUCCUCUGCUGAGGAGAGAGGCACAGGGGACCAGUGAUGGCUUGGUGAGGUUUCUGGUCUCUGUGGCUGAUGUGUCUACAGGGGGUAGCAUUGUGCUUAUGGGGUGGAAGAUGCACACUUUCCCUCUGCUGCUUCUCUUCCCCUGUGGCUCAGUCUGUUCCCUGUCCCACCCACCACGUCCUUGACCAAUACGGUCACUGCUGCUCUGAGAAUUUUCACUUUGGGACAGGAGGAAGAAUGCUGCUAUUUGGCUUUUAAAAAUAGAACAUUCGAGGUGGACUUUAAUGGUCUUGUGAAGAACACUUUGCUCAUGCCCACCCACACCUGGUCUCUAGCUCUGCUUGGCCCCGUCCAACUGCCCAGAAGUAGCUCUGGGCAAGCUCUCCAGGCCCCUCAGCAGAGACUUAGUCCCACACACAUCCAUGGCCAGUCCCAGAAAACGCCAGGUUGACUCUGCCCUGAGGUCUGCCCUCCUCUUGACAGCCCCCCACCUUGGGGCUGAGGGCCACUGCUCAGCCCACGUCCCCACCCCAGCCAGCUGCCAGAGUUGUAGACCUAGCCGGGCUCUCAUUUAUUCAUUCUUCAACAUAUUUAUCCAUCACCCACUUCAUUCAAGGGCCUUACCUUGGCUGCCAUCUUAGAGCUAAGGAAAUGACUGUGCCACCCAGGGACUCUGUACCAGGUGCCACCGUUGGCCUUUGAGUUGCCCCUUUUUGUCUCAAAUUCUUGCAUUUUGGCUAUAUUUACAUAGAAAAAGGGGAGACCCUACAGGACUCAGAACUUGCAAGAAUUAUAUUUAAGGGGAAUGGUAAAAAAAAUUCAUUCUCCAUAUAAUUCAAACUCUGUAACAGAACACAGAUGUUCCUUUGUCUCUAACGCAGUAACUUUUCAAGCAGUGUUUUAAAAGUACCAUUUAAUGAUUGAGGGUGGAGUCUAAUGGACAGACCUGGGUUCAAAUACUGCAGUUACUUCAUCUAUUAGGUGUGAAUGUCACAGUUAAAGAUUCAAAAUUA